AUGGCAAACAGCUACGAUUUCAUCGUUGUCGGAGCGGGCACUGCAGGUCUUCUCCUCGCCACGCGUCUGGCAACUGCACUACCGGAUCACACAGUGGUGGUUCUGGAGUCUGGAAGUGCAUACCCCGAUAAUACACAUCUGUGCCAGUAUGACAAGUUCCAGGUAUUUGAGCGGCCGGAUUUGGACCUUGGCUAUGUUUCGACGCCCCAAGCCUUCCUCAGGGAUCGAGAAAUCCCAUAUUUCCGUGGAAAGGGACCAGGAGGCUCUUCAAACAUCAACUUCAUGGUUUAUCUAUAUGGUUCUGGAGAGGAUUAUAACCAUUGGGCUGAGCUUGUUGGUGAUGACUUUUGGAGGUGGGAUCAGACCCAGAGGAGAUUUAAAGAGAUAGAGACGUUCCACACGGAGGUCCCUGGGGUUUUGAAAAAGUAUGCUCAUCCUUUGACAGAGGACCACGGCCAGAAAGGGCCCCUCCAUGUGAGCUUGCCGUCUCACCCGGAGAAUGGAAUAACGGGAAUUUUGGAUGCUGCUACGAGAUAUGGUAUGCCAUUAAACCUAGACGUUAAUUCGGGGUGCCCAAUCGGGAUAUCUAUCGCGCCUAGUUCGUCUUUCAAAGGCUAUCGCUCUACCAGUGAAUCGAUAUACACCAGCCGUCGCCCCGGAAAUUUGACUAUGGUGACUGAUGCAAAAGUUGCCAAAAUUACUUUUGAAAACAAGGUUGCCGUUGGUGUCGAAACAAUUGAUGGCAGAACAUUUGUCGCGAAUCAGGAAGUAAUAUUGUCAGCGGGUUGUUUUGACACUCCGAAGAUCCUGUUAUUAUCCGGCAUUGGCCCCAAGGAAGAGCUGUCCCAGCACAAUAUUCAGGUCAUUCAUGAUCUCCCUGGAGUAGGCAAAAAUCUAUCGGACCACGUCUUGGUUUGUUUAGGAGCAUCAUACGCACAAGGUUUCGGCCUCCUCGAUCGAUGGAAAUUUGACUCUGAUCCAGAUGCCCGUCGAGCCGCGCGGGAACAAUGGAAACAAGACGGAACAGGGGUGAUAAAUCUACAUCGGUCUUGUAUGAUCACAGGGUGGUUAAAGGAAGAAGCCAUUCUGAAAACAGAUGAAUAUCAGAGCUUAGGAACACUCUCGAAGCAGCACCUGGCUCAUGGUUCUGUUCCCCAUUAUGAAAUAAUUUUCGGAGGACCUCAGAUUCCCCCGACGUACGUCAUUCCGGAGGGCACAUCAUUUCUGUGUGCCGGAGUUGGUCUUAUGAAUAUGCAGUCUAGGGGUGAAGUUACGCUGAAAUCCGCGAACCCGAACAAUAAUCCCAUCAUUAACCCAAAUUACAUGUCUCACCCUUAUGAUCGACGAAUGCUGAGCCUUGCAGUCAGGGAAAUCAUGAAAUUUUUCGAAUCUGGGGCGAUUGAACCGGAAUUUAACGGGUAUGUGCUGGCACCGAAAAGCCAAUCAGAUGAAGAUAUCUACGAAUUCAUAGAAGAACAAUUACUCCCCAUUUUUCAUGCCAAUGGUACGGUAAAAAUGGGUAAAGCUGAUGACUCCGCAGCCUGUACCGACCCAAAUUUCCGAGUAUAUGGCGUUGAAAAGUUGCGGGUAGUUGAUUUGAGUAUCUGUCCAAUGACGCCAAACAACCAUCUCCAAGCUACAGCGUACCUGGUAGCGCAGGCUGCUUUCGAAAAAAUGAUAGCGGAAUAUAGCGGGGUUAGCCUCCCUCGAGAUGGAGGAGGGCAUAGCAUUCCUGCUUAA